UUCUACUUGUGUUUGAUUGUGCUCUCGAAUUUCCUUCUUUAAUUCAACCGUUGUCAACAUUUUUAUAGUUUUCACCUGAGAGAGGAGCCAGCUGAUUUGACAGAUAGUUUGUUUUCUUCUUAUUCUUCUUACGGGUUUUCAUCAUAAAAAUUCUAAUCGGACAAUUUCAAUCAAGUUAGCAGCUCCGUUUGUCAUUCGGUUUGUUGUCGUUCAUUUUCAGAAAAAUUGUUCAAACUUGACGUGAAACUUUGUUUGUGAGAUAAUUUGUGCUAUUUAAUCCGCGAUUUGGUUUUUCGUGAUCGUAAUCGGACAGUUUCGAUUAGUGUUUGCCUUUUGUGAUCCGACAUUUAAUUCGGUACAGCGAAGAUGAAAUGUCAAGUGAGGAAAUGUGGCAGGAGCAAGAAAUCUCACCCCAACAUAUCAUUUCACCGAUUCCCGGUUGAUUUAUUGCUGCAAGCUCAGUGGAUCGAUUUUUGCAAUGUGGGGGACGACUGGAUUAUAUCUGGAGCAAUGCGAAUAUACAGCGUGCAUUUUGAGGAAAGUGCUUUUGUACACGAUGGAAAUAAUAAUAGGUUGAGAAAAACGGAUGCCGUACCAACUGUGUCUGCAUUUUUAAUAGACAGCGAUCGGGAUUCGGAUGGCGAUGACAAUGAUCCUAUCAGUCUUUCGACGUACUUGCCGUUAUACUCCUGCCCAUCGCUGGUGGACCAUUCAUAUGCAAAUUUGAAAUGUGCCAUGCAAGUCGCUAAUCAAGGCAGUAGUACAACUGAAGGUUCAAUCGAAUUGAUUGGUAGUGAAGGUGAACCGAUUAGUCUCGUCCACAAAACCAAAAGAGUCAGGAAGCGAUCGAUCAGUAACAGAUAUGCGAAGAAUUGGAAAGGACUUGCAAUCAAGUGGAAGAAAGAAGCGUUGUCAUGGAAAGCCAAGUUUCGUGCUUUGGAGGAAGCAGUUGAUACCGAAGAAGUACUAAAAGGGAAAUUUCGACCGGAUCAGAUCUCCAAAGUAACAGGGAAGGUGAAACAGGUGAAAGAGUGGUCUAAUGAAACCAUUACGGAAGGAUUACGGAUGCGGUUUGCUUGCGGGGCUGGAUACGAACAGUUGCUUAAACUGCCGUAUGUAGCACUACCAAGUGUCCGUACGUUAGUGCGAAGGAUUCAAGAAAUACAUUUUGACAGCGGUAAGAUCUAUACGUUUUUUUGCAAAUGGUUUUUGGUUGUUGUAAGAUCACGGAAUCCUCAAAUUGACAGUACUGCCAAUUUGAAUUUUUGAGAGCACCGAUAUCAAAAUGCUCGAGAGCAAUCUGCAAAUUAACAAUUUCAUGAUGCUGUAACGCAGAAAACCAUGUAUUAAAUAGGGAAUGAACCCUAUUUAGAGUCACCUGAUUCGGCUCCUCUGGUGAAAUUCACAAAUAAAGAAGCUUCCACUUCGGGCGAAUUGAGAGUGAGUUUAUUCUUGUGCUAUCUCGGAUUUUUAUACAAAACUUAUUCCUAGUUCUUAAUUCUACCCUCGCCACGCAUAACGAUAAGCUGCC